AUGGGCCAACGAGCAUCCAGAGAGUAUGGUGAUGAAAAUGAAUUGUUCAAUUUAGCUCAAAUUCGACAAAAUCAAGAUGUACAACAAGGAUUACAGGAACAACCAGCUAUUAUGAUGCGAUUGCUGGCACCGACUACUAUUGGCAUGACUCAAGACUUUGUAGAACCAGCUGCCAAAGUACGACGAAACCCAGGGAGACAAGCACAACCAGUUGGUUGUUAUGAAGGAUACUGA